AUGGAUGAGCCCGUCAGCAGUCAGCCAGGUGAGAGUGCCGCCGAGGAGCAGGAGGAGGAGGAGGAGCCCCUGAGGGGCUUCCUGGAGGAGAUCAACUGCCCGGAACCAGGCAUCAUAGAUCGCAGCAUGAUCGAAACCGCCUAUCUGGAGGAGGGUCAAAAGGGCGAGGCAAGAAGACUCCACCAACUGGAACCAGUGGUCUAUGAUCGCAUUAGCACCAUGCGACUGGAGUUCAAGAACAUCCUCAGGAUUGACCACCUCUGGAUGAUGCCCAAUCUCACUAAGCUGUGCUUGAACUGCAACAAGAUCGAAGUCAUUGAGCAUCUCGAAAUGCUAACAGCUCUCAAGGAUCUCAAUUUGAGCUUUAAUUACAUUACAAGGAUUGAGAACUUGGAGAAACUGGUUAACCUUGAGAAACUCUCACUUUUUAGCAAUCGCAUACGGAAAAUCGAGAACAUACAGACUUUGGAAAAUCUGGUUAUUCUCAGCAUUGGCAAUAAUCUUAUCGACACGGUGGAGGGGAUCGAACGCUUACGCUUUGUGAGCACCCUGAAAGUGCUCAAUUUAGAGGGUAAUCCCAUAGCUAGACUGCCGGAUUUUCCACUAUCCCUCUACGUAACCGCCAUUCUGCCCCAGUUGGACUACUACGAAUGCGUUUUCAUCAAGGCAGAAACGCGGGAGGAGGCCCAGAAACGUUUCUAUCGAGAGCUGCGCGAAAUCGAGGACAAACAGGAGCGGGAGAUCCAGGGCCUGGAAACAGAGGCUCGUGAGAUGGCCGAGGCGGAUCGACUGGCCUCCAGUUUUGUGGAGCAUCUGGAUGGCCAGCAGCUGUACGAUUCCCUCUGGCGAGACGACGAGGACGGGCGCAUCUUGAUGCUGGUGGGUUCGCAGGCUCAGGAACUCUGCGAGGAGUAUUCCAAGGAUGUGCACGAGCUCACUCAGCAAAUAUAUCGCUUGGGACUGGAGCGAUUCGGUGAGCGUGACGAGGAGAUUCGAGACUUUAAGGCCAAUCUGCACGAGGGUCAGGAGGAGCUGCAGUCCCAGGGUCAAAGGCAGAUCGAGGAGUUCCUCCAAUACAAGGAGCGAACUUUCGACGAGAUGCGUCUGAAAUGGAGGGAACUGGAUCAGCGGGAUGAUGAACUGGAGGAGGUGCAAAACCAGUUGGAUACGCUUAGUGGCCACUUUGAGGAUGCCCUCAACGAGAUGUGGGAAAGUCUGAUGGCCCAGGAACUCCAUCUCCACGAGGCGGUUCAGGAUUCCACACUAAACUUCGAUCGCAAGAUCUCGGAACUGAUGGCCAGCUUCGUGGAGCAGGCUCAGGUGAUCUUCCAGGAGCUGCGCGAUCUGUGCAGCCAUUUUGCCCACAACAUGACGGAGAUUGUGACCCAGUUCAUCUCCACCAAGCUGAUACGCAACGAAUUGAAUAGCAUUCCCGAGGAGCUUAGAAAGUGUGUGGACGAUCGCGAGGCAGUUCUUCAGUUGGUGGAGGGCAUGAGGACUUCCCAUUCCAUGCGGGUGGAUGAGCGAGAGGAUCGCAUGGCUCAAAGGAGCAAAGACUUUAUAGAUGACAUGAUUGGGAAGCUCAACAACAAAGAAGUAGACCGCCAUCGUGCCAAGAUCCUGGAGAUCAAUGCCUUUAUGGAGAUGAUGACUGCUGCUUUGACCAACCUUCCAAGAGAAUUGCACCCGGAUUGCAGCUCUUCGGAUUAA